AUGAACCAACAAAAUCAGGACAGCUUGAACGGACAAUUUCUACUAGGUAGAAAGCAUCCAACCACCUGGGAACAGAAUUAUGCCAUCGUCUUUGACUUGAUAAGUAAGACAAUAUACAAGGCAAACCGCUCAGACAUUAAUACAUCAAUCCACUUCCGCAUUGCCCUUUCCCGUCUUCUCCCAUUCGAGGAGGACACCGUCAAUCUGGGUAGGCGACGCACUUCCGACAGCCAAGAUGUAGAACUCGUGGCUAAAGUCAGCGUUAACUCUCUCGGAUUAAGAGGACAGAGAUUGAGAGGAGACAUCAUGGAAUGUUGGAUUUUGGAUAACGCGGAGGGUAAUACAAAGGGCACAUUGGUGGGAUGGAAGUUUAGGGACGCUUUUGAUUACUUUGAUAAGAAGUAA